AUGGGCUUCAAGUUUUCAUAUGUCUGUGAUCUCCUAUCAAGUCUGGAUAACAAUCGGAUUGCGAAGACAACCUCAGAAGCAAGAAAGAAAGAUCCGGAUGUCUCUACGGUCUCACAGUGGUUUGACAACUACGAGAGGAAAAUACACUCCGGGGAUACCGAUCGUCUUGCUCUUCUCUCUUGUAUCUUUCCGGAAAAGCGCCCGGAACGUGUUUUUCGGCUACGAGAGCCAUCGUUGACAAAGAUCGUUGGACGAUGUCUCCUUCUUGGUGCCUCGAGAAAACAGGAACUAGAUCGGUGGAGGGAGAAGGGCUGGGGAGACCUGGGGCAAUGCGUUGAGUACGUUAUGCGGCAGGCCGAAAAUUGCCUGGAAGGUCAAGAUGAAGUCACCGUUGAAGAAAUCGAUCUUGCCUUGGCAAAAGUUGCAUCUAGAUGCCGGUUCUCCGGACCAACAGCCCGUUAUCAGUACUCUGCUGUGGGUGUAGACGAAACUCUGUCCCCUAUUUUUCGAAGGUUGUCGAGCCGAGAUGCGAAAUGGUUUACGAGACUGAUUCUCAAGGAUUUCAAUCCCGUCACCAUCCCUACCCAAUUGAUCCUUCGGCAUUUCCAUUUUCUAUUGCCAAAACUACUCUUUUUCCAGAACUCGCUUGAAGGCGCUUUGAUGUUUCUAGCCAAAGAGCCCAUAAAUUCUUUUCCGCCGCGUCCAGAGGCUCACUACGCUGAUCUUCUGUCAAAGCUUGCGCUACCCCAUCUUAGACCUGAGGUUGGAUUUAAGACCGGCAGGGCUGAUUUCUUGAAAGCAAGGAGUCUCAAGCAUUGCUGUAAAAUGGCGGAUGGGCGGAUAAUGGGCGUCGAGAAGAAAUAUGAUGGAGAAUAUUGCCAAAUACACAUUGAUCUCUCAAAGGCAGACAGUAUGCGGAUAUUUUCAAAAAGUGGGAAAGAUUCAACCAGGGACAGGCGAGCCGUCCAUAAUACGUUGAGAAAAUCCCUUCGAAUCGGGAAAAAUGAUUGUCGUUUUUCUACCAGAUGCAUUGUAGAAUGUGAAAUUCUAGUGUGGAGCGAUCGUGACUCCUCGAUUCUUCCGUUUCAUAAACUUCGGAAGCAUAUCACUCGGUCUGGUUCGUUUAUUGGAAUUGACAAUGACUCCCAACCCGACGCUUCUGAACACUUGUAUCUGGCCUUUUUUGAUGUGUUAAUGGUUGAUGACGAUGUGUGUUUGUCUAAGCCCUACCGUCAACGUCGCCAGAUUCUCCAAGAUAUCGUUGACCCAAUUGAAGGAUACUCAGAGUUAGCCCAACAACAAACGAUUAAUUUUUCACAUCCUGACAGCUACGAGCUUUUAAGGGAUGCAGUCGCCAUGGCUGCAGCCCUAAGAUGGGAAGGUCUCGUUCUCAAAGGAAGUGAUGAGCCAUAUUUCCCACUAUUCGAAGAAAAUGCAGAUGUCAACUUUGGACGUUGGAUUAAGCUCAAGAAAGAAUACAUUCCGGGUCUUGGUGACUCUGUCGACUUUGCACUUAUUGGCGCGAGAUAUGAUGCCCAGGAUGCUCUCCAAUGUCCGAAUGUCAAGAACCUUUCCUGGACAUCAUUCUUCGUUGGAUGUCAGGAAGGAGACAACCAAAACUUGAGCGUGAAAACGAGGAACUAUCGAGUCAUCGACGUGCUUGGUCGCCAUAACAUUAGCCCAAAGCUCAUGCAGACUCUUAACCAGCUCGGCCAGUUCCAGGCCUGCGAACAGGGCUCGGAACCAUGUCCAUUCUCUAUCAGAAUAGACCAACCUCAAAUCCCAGAGAUGGAGGUCUUCUUUCGGAUUCCAUUCGUGGUAGAACUGGUUGGAAGUGGCUUUGAACGGCCUCAUUGCGCGAGGUACUUUACGCUGAGAUUCCCUCGGCUACUGAAAAUCCACUCGGACCGUGGACUGGAUGAUGCUGUUUCUUUCGAGGAGCUUCAACAGCUUGCUGAGGCUGCUCGUGCCGUGCCUGUGGAGCAGCUAUCGCAAGAAAUCGCUAUUUGGACCGCGAAGCUAGAUGCAAAGGACAGCAAGCUGGAAUACAUCGUGGAUGAUUCUGAAAUGUCCUCUGCAUCUUCCGAUUCGCCUGAUAGAAUUUCUUCUGAGACUUUGAACUUUGCCAUGAUGGGCCUAAAUGAAAGCUUUAUCGAUAAUAGAAAUCAUAUCGAUAUCCCAUCAUACAAGUUGGUUUCAGCUCCGGUACCUCCAGUUCAACGACAGGGCCUGAACUUUCCAGCAAUUCGGACAAUGAAUUCUCACUCUCUAGAAAUAGAGAUACAUAAAACAUCUACAAAUUCUUUACCCUCGAUGAAUAUCUUGCCUGACAAUACACAAUCCACAUCUGCCGUGGAAGAUUCUUUUCGUUCUACAAACGCCUCUUCUGGGUUUUUAACCGACCUGAAAGCCUCUUCAAGAAAGACAAAUAGACACAAUAGCCCGGGAGAAAAUAUACCUAGCGACCCAGUUACAAUCCCAACCUCGCCAUUGUCUCCGAACGAACUUGCAAAUUUGGAAAAUAAACCUCGAGUUUUAAAGGGAAAAAUUUCGGAACAGCCAACAAAAACUCAGUCUUGGAACACAUUCACUCAGUCUCACUGUGUUUUAUCGAAGAAAGCUAGACAAGGAAGUCCGCACGCUGCAUUCCAAGAAGACAGCAUCCGGGUAAGUGUCGAAGGUAAUGGCCUCUUACAUAAAGCCCCUAUGUUCCUCAGCCCUGGCAUUUCGAAAAAGGCUCGUCACUUGGUAGACGUGUGUUUGAAGAAAUUAAAUCGGUCGUCAACUUUGUCAACUUUGAACUUUUUCGAUGAGAUAGCAGCAUCCAGCAUGAAAAAUCUUCGAAUUAGCUCAAAAUCUGCCUCACUUCCGUCCCGCUACGGCAUUGUGAUUGUCGACCCCAAGAAUGGUGAUGCAAGUGACGUCGCCUCGGACAUCCAGACCAUUGGGAAUGGGCUUGCUAAGUGCCGACGACAGGGGCGCUUAUUGGGUUCGGGAAAGAUACUUUUUGUGCACUGGAAAAUCCUGCAUUUGGCUGUAAGCUGCCGCACCAGGUCCCAAAGGAACUGGGACUCAUACGGCAAAGCAAUAUUUGCUGGCUGUCUCAAAUGGGGUUAUGGUGUGCCAACUCGGCAACGGCAUAUGCACAAUGCCUCUCUAGAGAGUCGGCAGCAGCAGCAGUCAAAGCGACCUCAAGCGGAAACGGAUGUUGUCGUGAGCAUGGAUUGGAAAGAAAUACUGCCUUUAGUGCCGGUGGACCAUGCUUGUUACGAUGUUGUGACUAGGCAAUGCGGAGGUAUAAUCCACAUCGACACGUUUUACGAUGGUUCACAGCUGGAGUACGCAUUGGAUAGAUAA